CAGAAGCGCUAUUUAAAUUCUCACAGUCGCUCAAAAGUGCGUUCGUGCGCGCGCGUGUGGGUGUGUGGGUCAGCCUGGACAGCGCGCGCCUUAGAGGAACACAUGGAGGGGGGUUCGAACAGACGGUGCCCAUGUCUCUGGUCACUGUGGGACCGAAUGAGGUCACUCUGUAACCGGAGCGAAAAGGGGCACGAAGAGCUGGAGAGGAGAGACGCGGAGUCCAAACCGGACAAUGGUCCGCCGGGGGAAGGGCGGUAUUCGGAGAAUCCGAGCGCGACCAGUGUACCGCCGGAGGAGAGCACCGUUUACAUGGCCUUAUGGGGUUUCAAAGCGGGAGACACCGACGAGAUGUCGUUUGAGGCGGGAGAUCGGUUCCUCAUCGUGAAGCGCGGGGGAGACUGGUGGACCGCCGACAAGCUGGACGUAAGCGGGCGCGUGCUCGCGACCGGAGUCGUGCCGCAUAAUUACCUGGAGCGCGCGGAAGCGUUCACGAGGCAGCCGUGGUUUUUUGGCAAAAUGAAUCGGAUUGAGUGUCACAGUCACCUUCUGACAAGUCAGAACAGAGAUGGAGCUUUUCUGGUGCGAUUCAGUGAGACUGACAAUGUGGGUCAGGUCCUCUCAGUUAAGGAAAAAAACAAAGCAAAGCACUUUAAGAUCUAUCGCUCAAACAAUGAAUUCUACCUGAGAAAGUCCUGUCAGUUCAACAGUUUGCCAGAGCUUGUGCAACACUAUCAGACUCAUCCUCUGUCCUCAUUCGGAACCCUGGGCAAACCCUGCGUCAAGAGAAAGCCCAAGCAACAGGAUCUGUCUCACACUACAGUGGACAAGUGGGAACUUCCCAAAGAGGACUUCACUUUGGAGGAAAAGCUCGGCAGUGGUUUCUUUGCUGAUGUUUAUCGAGGCUUGUGGAGGAACCAAACUAAUGUGGCUAUCAAAAUUCUCAAGAACCAUGAUUCUCUAAACCAGAAAAAUUUUCAGUUGGAGGUUGAGGCCUUAAAAAAAUUGCGUCACCACCAACUUAUCUCACUCUUCGCAAUAUGCACUUCCUCCACCCCCUAUUACAUCAUCACUGAGUACAUGGAAAAAGGAAACCUACUGGAUUUCCUCCGCAGUCAAGAGGGCAGUGCAUUGGACACAGAACUCUUGACUGACAUGGCAUUCCAGGUGGCUGAUGGAAUGACUUUCCUGGAGCAAAACAAUAGUAUUCAUAGAGACCUGGCAGCUCGUAAUGUUCUAGUUAGUGAAGGAUACCUGUGCAAGGUGGCUGACUUUGGGUUAGCACGAUUUAUCAAGGAGCCAAUCUAUGUGUCUAAUGACAAAAAGAUCCCGUAUAAGUGGACGGCCCCUGAAGCCAUCCAACACGGCCGUUUUUCCAACAAAUCUGAUGUCUGGUCUUUUGGCAUUCUCUUGUAUGAGAUUUAUUCUUAUGGUGCAACUCCAUAUCCAGGUAUGAAUAAAAAAGAGGCACUUGAGGAGACCAAGCGUGGCUACAGGAUGCCUGCACCAUCCAAAUGUCCUCCUUCUAUCUACAAAAUUAUGCAGUCCUGUUGGAGAGAGGAGCCAGAGGAUCGGCCAAGUUUUAAGUCUUUGAAAGCUCAGCUUCAGGAGUGCAUCGCUUAACCGCAUCACUUACCCACAUCAGCUCCAUACAUCCUGUGUAUAGUGUGUACAUACAGCUUUUUUUCAGAUAAAUGUACAGCAUGUGAAAUGGCUUUUGACUUUGUAAAGUUUCUGUGUAAAGUUUGUUUAAUUUAUUGAUUUAAAACAGGAGCAAACUUUAAAUCUCUUUAUAUGUUAAUAGUACACAACUGUAAUUAUUUUUAAGUGUAUUAAUUGUAUACUGAUUUUAUGUGAUGGUGAAAAGUGCAUGAGGAGCUGCUAUAAUGAUAUUAUGGCAGCAAAAAUCAGGUACUGUUCCAGUUUAAUAUACCAAGCACUAUGGACUAUCAUCACUAGCAUCCUUAACGUGUGAUUUAUCUGUAAGAUAUAUUCUCAUUAUUAUGCUCUGACACUGUACAGAACAGUUUUAAAUGAAAGCAUAUUUCAGUAUAAUUGCAUUAUUAUUAAUUUCAUAAAUUCAUGUGAACAAUGUUGUUAAAUGUUGAAAUAUUUUCCUAAAUUCAGUUAUUUUAUUUACACUUGAUGUCUGACAGUAGACCUUUGAUACCAAACCAGCACUCGAUCACACAUUA